AUGGCUGAUUUUGGAGAUAUCCUGAUAACUAUAGGAGAUUUUGGAUUAUUCCAAUGGAUCCUUCUUCUUGCUCUGGGUUUACCAAAUUUUGUUGUCCCACUUCUUUUUGGAAGCUUGGUUUUUAUCCAGUUUGACCCAGACCGACACUGUAACACGGACUGGAUCCUCAAAGCUGGUCCUAACCUGACCACAGAGGAGCAGCUGAACUUGACGCUGCCCCGGGAGAAGGAUGGGAGCUUCAGUAAGUGCCAGAUGUUUGUCCCAGUGGACUGGGACAUUGACACCAUCAGGGAGUACGGACUCAAUGAGACCACAGGCUGCCAGAGUGGAUGGAAGUAUGACAGGACGCUGUUUGAAGCCACCAUAGUCACUGAUUUUGAUCUUGUUUGUGACAAAGCAAACUUGGUGGAAGUGGCACAAACAAUGUUAAUGGCCGGUUUUCUGGUUGGUUCUCUCUUGUUUGGACCUUUUGCAGAAUCGAUUGGUCGCAAACGAGCCACUCAGAUUCCAGUGGUAAUAAUGUUCAUAUUUACUAUAACGACAGGGAUAUACCCCAACUAUUACUUAUAUACAGCCUCCCAGUUCAUGGUGGGGGCUGGAAUGGGAGGUUAUAAGGUCAACUCUAUUGUUCUAGCCACCGAAUGGAUUGGGCCGUCCAAGCGAUCACUGGGAGCAUGUGUGUCUUUGUUAUGUGGUGCAGUUGGAGGGUGCACAGGCAUUGGCUUGGUCUACUUAAUCCGGGACUGGCGAUUGGCCCAGCUGAUCAUAGUAGCACCAAUGACUAUGGUUUUUAUUUAUAUAUGGUUUAUUCCAGAAUCAGCCAGAUGGUUGAUGGACAGAGGAAGGAGACAGGAGGCGGAAAGGCUGAUUUUCAAGGCAGCAGCGAUUAACAAACGCACUGUUCCAGACUCUCUUCUGGAAGAGACUGAAGUGAAAAAAAAUGUGGAGAAAGGAGGCGUAAGUGUUCUGAUCAGAUCACCUGUUCUUAGGAAGUUUUUCUUCAUACUGGCGUUGGCAUGGUUUUCAUUGACUCUUACCUACUACUGCCUGUCAUUCAAUGCGGGAAGAUUCGGCUUAGACAUCUUCUUGACACAGGCUUUGUUUUGUGGUAUUGAAAUACCAGCCAAUCUGCUCUGCAUCUGGGUGUUAGACGUUUUGGGGAGGAAAGUAUCCCUCAUCUCAACACUUGUAAUUGGAGGGCUCUGCUGCAUGCUUACCCUAGCAGUUGAAGGAAAUUCCACUGCUGUCACAUGUUUAGUUACUGCAGCACGUUUUUUCGUCCUUGCCGGUAUAUCCAUGUGCAACGUCUACGUGCAGGAGUUGUUCCCAACAUCUGUCAGACAAACAGCCACAGGAUUAGGGGCUGUUUCAGCAAAAAUAGGCGGGCUGCUGGCUCCAGUGCUCAACAUGCUGGUCAUGUACCACUGGGCCAUACCUGCUGCUGUCUAUGGCAGCCUCUUACUGGUCAGCGGGGCUCUGGUCCUCCUGCCUCCUGAGACUCAACACGCAGAGCUACCCGAUUCAAUUCAUGAGGCUGAAGGCAACAGGUAA